CUAAGAAAGACGCACUUCUAAAAGUUUCCUGGCACUGCCGCGAAUGUGAAUGUGCUCAAGAUUUGUAAAAUUUUGAUAAGACACAGGAAUGAAGAAGUUCGUCGGUCUGUUCAAGGCGUGCCAUAUCAGUAAUUGCGGCAGCACACUCAUAAGCUAUCGUUCGGUAGCCUUCAUGAAGAACUGCCCAACUGCCAAAGGAACUGUCGUGCCUGAACUGAUGUCAGUCGUGCCCACGAUGGACGGGUUGGCGCUGCAUUCACCAGAGCAUGUGCUAAUACGUCGCUUCAUGCGUCUUUCAGUAGACGUAGGCGUUUGCGUUGUCCUUUUCGUUCCUUUCGUGCCGGUUUUUUCUACGCUUGACCUUUCGCAGCGUGACUCGUAUUUCCUCGCGACGUCGGCUCUAACUGGAAUCGAGCUCCUCAAGUUGAUUGCUGCGUGUGGGAUGCUCUUCACGUGGUAUACCUAAUGGCUGGCAAGCUAAGCUCCAUCUGACCGAGGCUGCAGAAUGCAAGAGUCUUCUCAGAUUGAAACUCUGGGGAAGCCAUCCAGGGCGGCAUUAAUCCGCAUAAAGAAACGUUAAACUCAAGACGAUGUCCACUUCCCGAGCUGCCACGUCUCAUUACGGGCAGACGGUGUCUAGCCGGCUCCUUCGUUGGUGCGAUAAGUUGCAUGGCACCACCUGGGAUUCGUGAAGCACGUUCAUUAAAAGACGUCGUUGUGUGCCGUCUGCUCAAGGCCUGGGAUAGCCGCAACACAGCAACCGACGUGUGACGUUUCUCCACAGUGACGACAACCAUAAACGGGGAGAUGCCGUGAAGGGCCUAUGUGUCCUGACAACCGUCAAGGGGCAUUCCGAGGUACUGACUAGGCAGUCGAGACCACUUCAUCUUCACAAAAUAUUCUGAACAGUAUGUGCAUCAUCAUACGGCGACCAUGUGGGCUCGGCCACCCGUGAGAGGGCACUGACGACGGAACCACCCGUGGCUGUGUAUCCGUGCAGCGCGAGAGACGGCGGCGGCGCCCCAUGUCCAUCAUCGGGGAUGGCCAGAGGCCACGCCCCUUCUCCUACCUGGCGCACCAGCGCCCCCUGGCGAAGGCGACGGCGGUGGACCCUGGUGCAGUGGCUACUCCCACCGCUCUUGCUGUUGCUGCUGCUCUGCACCCCGGUGGCUGACGCCGGGCGGGCCUCGCGCGCGGCGCAGCGUGCGAGGCACCGGUCUCACCGCUGGGUUACAGGUCCAUGGCUUCCGUGUGUGCUCGAAGAUGGCGACUGUGGACGAGGCUGGCAAGGCCGGAGCGUGCGCUGCGUAGACGCACGAGGCCACGCCGUCCUGGAGAGACACUGCCAUCGCCACGUCAGGCCGCGCUCUGUGCAAUCCUGUCACACAGAAUGCGAUGACGGCAGUGGUGCUGCACAUCGCCAGUCACUCAGAUGGCAAGCUGGCGAGUGGAGUCCCUGCGAAGAGGUAAACGGGCGGCCGCAUCUACGUAGCCAGUGCAGACCCGAGGCGCGGGACACUGAGGGUCUGGCCCGGCGCAACGUGAGCUGCGUCUUCGAACCCGAGGCCGGAUCUCCCCGGGUCGUUGAUGCAGCUGCCUGCAUGCACCUGCUGCAGCCGCCAAGCGAAAUGCCGUGCGCCAUCAGUUGUCCACAGGACUGCGUGGUGACGCCGUUCGAGGCCUGGCCCGCGUGCCACAACGUCAGCGGCUUCGGCAGCUGCAAAGCGCACAGCGUCGUCCGACGGCGUGUCGUGCUCGUCGGCCCGUCGAACGGCGGCGCCGAGUGCCCCGCUCUUUCCGAGACCAAGAAGUGCCCGGCGCGACCGGGGUGCCGCGAGUGGCGCAAACGCAAGUCCCGCAGGAAAGCGCCCGCCGCAGACUACGUGCUCCGGGUCGGGCCCUGGGGCGAGUGCCAAAGUGAUUACUCCAUCCUACAGCGGGAAUCGCUGGGGACCCAGGAGGGCUCCGAGUUGCCGGUCGCCUCCCGACAAGCGCAGCUGGGCGUACGCCGGAGGAAAGUCGCCUGUCUGGACGGCAACGGGGUCCUAGUCGACAUCGGGAAAUGUCGGCAAAGCGACGGGAAGCAGCGUCCGCUGCCGCACGACGCCGAGUCGUGCGUCGUGCCCGUGCACUGCGUCGUGUCCCCGUCGUCGCCGUGGCACCUGGAGCGCGAGGGCUGCCAGCUGGACAGCGGGGAAACCUGGCACGGCGGCCAGCGGCUGAGGCGCCGCAUGCGUUACGUUCAGCAACUCCCGUACGGCGCUGGAAGACCGUGCCCUCCCCUAGUCGAGACGGCACUCCAGCAAGAUCGCCUGCCGCUGUGUUCUAGUUUCAACUGGGCAACGUCCGAGUGGAAUGCCUGCGUUCCGGUGCCUGGCACCCACUGCAAUGGUGGCACGCGACACAGGAACGUCACAUGCGUCAGGACCAAAGACUGGACACCAGUGUCAAGUCAGCUGUGCUCGCCGCAACCCAGACCCCCACUGCAAGAAGAGUGCCGAGUGCCGUGUCCUAUAGACUGCGAAGUGUCCCAUUGGUCACCCUGGGGACAGUGUCUGCCCCUCAUUCGCGGAUCACCGUUUCCUGCCCCGGAAGAAGGUUACCGAGUCCGCACACGCACAGUGCUCACGGCGCCCUCUCGUGGCGGUCGCGAUUGCCCGCAUCUGAAGGAGGUGGAGAGCUGCGACCGCGCUGUGCUGUCUCACUGGGAGCCCCAGCCCUGGGGGCCCUGCAAGCCUCUGUCUGGUGGAAACUGCGGUGACGGCAUCCAGAUACGCGACGCAAGUUGCGUUUUCUUCGACGGGACAGUGGUCGACGACGCGCACUGCAUCAUCUACGAGUCGCCGAUAAUGAAGGAACGCGAGUGCACCGUCCCGUGUGCUGACGACUGCGUGCUGUCCGACUGGUCGCCCUGGUCCCCCUGUUCAUCGCCCUGUGCCGAGCGGAUGGACUACGGCAUCCAGUCGCGAAACCGCUCGAUACUCGGCCACGCUGGAAAAGGUGGUGCCUCGUGCCCUGCCAAGUCGGACUUGCGGGAGGUGGACGACUGUAACAUGGUGCGCUGCUUCGGCAUGCACUGGAAGACCGGCCCCUGGAAGAAGUGCGUCGCGGAGAACGUCACCAGCGGUUGCGGCCGCGGAAGACAGAACCGCACCGUCAACUGCUUCUUCAAGGGAAACGUCUCCGACAAGAAGUGUGCUCCGCUCAAGAAGCCAGCCAAUUCUCAGCCCUGCCACAUACCCUGUCCAGUCGAUUGUCAAGUGACCAAUUUCUCUGACUGGAGACUAUGCAAAGACUGUGGCGAUGGGUCCGAGCCCGUGCUGGUACGCGAGCGGUUCGUGCUUCGGCGUGAGACGCCGGGUGGUCAACCGUGCCCUUGGCAGAGCCUCCGCGAAGUGAGGCUCUGUCACCCCACCGACGGUGAGCCCUGGUGCCUGCUGGGACGCAACUCGCAGCUGGGUCGGGGCCCCUACCGCUGGAGCACGUCGCCAUGGUCACAGUGCGUCUUUGCUCCGGACGCCCGCUGUGGAAGCGGACACCAAGUGCGCAAUGUGACGUGCGUGGACUCUAACAGCAUUCCCGUGGAACCAGCGUUGUGCAUCAACCUGACAAACGUGGUGGUGAGCUCGCGUGCGCCGGUGCUAUCAGCACCCGCUGCGCACCAAGUAUGCCACGUUCGCUGCCACGACCAGUGUGCCGUGUCAGAAUGGUCGCCGUGGUCACCGUGCCCUGAGGGGGACAGUGCUAACGCCUGUGACAAAGACGCUGUCAGCCGCAGAACUCGACAGUUCAUUGGCGUGUCAAGCCCAAAUUGCCUUGUGAGUCUCACUGAAGAACGACCAUGUCCACCGAAGCAAAGUGUGAAAGUGAUAAACGCACCUUGGAGCGACUGCAUCCUGCACGGAGAGGCGUCGUGCGGCACUGGCUAUCGUUUGCGAUUGACUUCGGCAAGCGCACACGCAUGCGGAUCUACGGGGUUCGAGAAUGUUACCUGCAAGGAGCCCUGUCCCGUAGACUGCGUCAUGGGCGAGUGGUCCCCGUGGUCGCGGUGCGAUGCCGUUUGUGGAGGAGGCACUCGCACGCGAACUCGGAGGGUUGUCCGCUGGCACCAGUAUGGAGGAAGGCCCUGCCCUGUCGCUGCACUGAACGACAUGGAAAUUCAGACCGGCACGUGCCUCAUGGACUGCGGGCGGAAUAUCUGGCUUCCAUCGGGAUGGACCCGGUGCCGACCCUUGAAUAUGAGCAAGAAGCUCCCGUGUGGCGUUGAAGGAUUCAGGACGAGAUCAAUUCUGUGCAUGUCCGUGCUCAACGGCGACCCUUACGAAGAACUGACCGAAGAGGAAUGCGAUCCACUGCGGAAGCCUCACGACAACGAACCGUGCAAAUUGCAUUGUCCGGGAGAGUGCGUGGUCUCCGAGUGGUCCGAAUGGUCAUCGUGUUUGGACCCUACGACAGGAGCGAAUAUCACCGAGCGACACCGCACUCGUCGAGUUCUUCGAUCACAGAGGCACGGCAGGCACUGUCCGUACCAUCUCGUUGAGUCGGACGUCUGUCUGAAGCACCACUGGGAGCUGGGAGCACAGGGGUCUUGUGUCGUCAGCGAUGGCUCACCUUGUGGUGGCGGUGUUUCCAAAGCGCCUCUUUACUGCGUCAGGGACUCGGAUGGUUUGCGUGUGGACUACAAUUAUUGCCAUCCGAAAACUAAGCCAUCAACCAAACAUUUAGAGACGCCUUGUAACGUGUCCUGUCCCAUCGACUGCAAGGUCUCGGACUGGUCAGAAUGGGAUCAAACGGAAUGCGAGCCAUGUGGAACUUUCGGAGAGCAGGUCAGACACCGUGAGGUGAUUCAAAAUGCUACUGACAGUGGAAGACCCUGUGCAAGAAGUCUCACCCAAAGAAAGCCUUGUGCUUUCACUCCCUGUUACUACUGGUCAUCAGGUGGAUGGUCUCAAUGUGAACUGCAUGGAGCAGAUUGUGGCUUCGGCGUCCGCAAACGUGAUGUAACAUGUCGUCGGUCUGAUGGUGUGUUGGUGGACAACAGCUUCUGCCACCUUGCCAACUUCACCUCCUAUGCAGGAGGCCUUCUCGGCCUCGACUGGCUCGCCAUUGGAAAUGAUGUUCAGACAGAAGAACAGUGCUACGUCCCGUGCCCGCAAGGUUGUUCUUUGUUUCCUUGGUCCGACUGGUCACCGUGCAACCGAAACUGCGAUACUGGCGAAAUCCUUGGUCAGACAUCACGCUCUCGAGCGGUCAUGACUCCUUCAAGGACUGGCGAGAGCCGCUACUGCCCAUUGGAAAUGGUUCAGACUAGGCCUUGCUGGGACGGAGUGUGCCUCACGUACUCGUGGAGAGUUGUAAAUGGGACGCUGCAGUGCUCCCGGUCCGAUGGCCUCAUCGUCGAAGGCGCGGGGUGCGCGGGCCGCCCUCGCCCCUGCGUGCCGGGCUGCCCCGCCGGGGCGCGCUGCGAUGCCCUGACGGGCCAGUGCUCCUGCCUGCGCGGAACGGUGCCAGUGUUUGUCGGGCCAGAGGACGGCGCGCCGCUCUCGCCUCAGCCGCAGCGUGAGACCGAGUCCUCGCCUUCGGCAGCCGGUGGCGCCAGUGGCGCUGGUGGUGGCGGCGGUGGUGUUGUCGUCCUCGGUGGUGGUGCCUCCUCUUCCGCGGGUGCUGGAGCCGCUGGUGGCAGCACGCUGCUGGCCCGCUGCGAGCCCAUCCGAACCACGAUGGACGGCGCGGGACACGCCGCCGACAACCACACGGCCGCCGCGGCCGGGGACAUCCUGCUCAAGUACUACCCGGACGACAACGAAUACAGCUUCUGGAUGUACGCCAUGAUCUCAGUGGGUUCUGCCUUCGUGAUAUUCGUCGCUGUCACCGUCUACCUGAUGUGCCAUUCCUCUAUGCGCCAGCGGCUGAAGAUGAGCUAUUCGUUCAGCUCGCGACACCGGUCCAACUCUUCGGCCGCCAGCACCGGCAUGGUGGCCAGGAGCAAUGCCUGUUGCGCCUACGAACCGGCGCCCACAUCUUCGUCCUGCACGGCGGUGUCCACCACUCAGCUGUACUGACAAAGCGCCAAGGGCAGCGCACCCCGCUGCUCAGCGCGUGUCGCCAGCCGCACCGCCGAGGCUGCAGUGAAGGCCCUGGGAAACACGUAGCCGAUCUCAGAGGCGCGGUGUAUCCUCAUAGGGGUACCAUGUCCGGCAGGCCCUAUGUGGCUGAAUACGUCGCUGAUACGGGAAGACUGCCAGAAAAAGCACGGUUCAUGUUCUUUCGCCACGCUACGCGGUUGUAAGCGUUCCAGAGGGCGCAAGCAUGUGGUGACCCAAAUUGGCAGCCCAGCCCUUGCGCGACUGUCUCAGACCCGCGACGUUUUCUACAAGCUUCUAACACGCCUCUGUCGACAUCGCUUCGCGCACGACUGUCAACUUCACCACGUGGUGACAAGUGCUACGCUCGUCAGAACUAUCCGCUGUGCACGCCUUCUUACGGACAAUUCAGGACGAAUGCUGCACUCCGAAAAGGUGUCAACGUUACCCUAAAGACCAGAACUGGCGAAUGAGCAAAGGGUGUGAAAGUGCUGCUCCCGCGAUUCGCGCAGUUCGUGGUGACUUCAAUGCAUCGACGCACAAUUACGGCCCCUGCGAGAGACAGUGGGACGUUUGUGGUAGUAGCGAGCCCGAUGACUAGCAGAACCAUACCACCUCCAAGAAUAAACGUUUCUUUGGAUGGUGGUUACAAUUGGUGCGAUUUAUACAAGCAGAAACCCCAGUACGUGUGCUGUAUUAAGUGAGCUUUGGCCCGGAUUCGUACUCUUGUGAUUGCCCUGUGACUGCGCGGUGUCUCACGUGUAAUCAUGUCGCGCUAGCGAGAAGGGGCACAAAGGUUGUUAAAUGCUUGUACCCUUUUUUCUGAUGCAUCGCACGAAAGGCUGGCAACACGCUGUUGAGCCAUUGCAUUUCUUUGUGCGUGCUUAAUAAGGUUAAGAGACUUCAACUUCAUGUUGCCUCGUCUUUUCCCCAAGAGCACCUGAGAACUUCAACACAAUCUGGGCUACUAGCACAGCAUAGCAGAUUACGGUAGGAGAAAUCACUUCGAAAAACUAAUUGAUAACGAGAUUGCAUCUGAAAAUUAUAAAAUAUGGCAAAUAACCACUCUGUCUCACAGACUUUGUCGAUGUUUAGCAAGAAUAAGGUCACAGUGCAUUCGCUAAAGUUAUUUUGUAAUGGUCAAUACCUUACAUUGUCGAACAGUUGAGCAAGCAGGAUGAAUUUUUGGAAGCGUACUCACUCAAAGGUGAAGUCAGAUUUAAUCACGUGAACAAUUUUGGUCAGUGUUAAGUCAGGUCAAUUGCCCUUAUACUGCACUUUAACAUGUUUUCAUAUCUUCAUAUUCUUAUUCCUAUAUAGCACAAGCACAGGCUUCUGCAUGCAUACCACGUGCCACGGGCCCCCGAUUAGUUCAUUCGAUACAGUGCAGGUGUAAACCAUGGGCAGAUUUCACAACAGGACAGUGGGUACUGCAGGAGAGACUCAACGUCUAUGUUUGAUACUCCUGAAGACUGCGUAUUCAUGUUAUAGUUACCUUUCUUUGUAUUUGUGUGGUAUGCACAGCGAUUAUUCAAAGAGACACUUGGUAAGAAAACAAAAUUGAGCUAUUUUAGGCAUUAUCAAACUGUCAGUAGGAUUUUUUUCAAACCUUGCAGACAGACAGCUCUUCACACUAAAAAUCUGCUCAAAAAAUGUAUGCCGCGAACCUCCUACGUCAAUUGCCAAAGACAGACAACGGCGGAUCUCUAAACUGUCGUUUUUCUACACUGAAAGCUCUUUCAUCUAUUUUUGGCCUCUAGCCUCAUCAUCCGCACAGGUGUUGAAGAAGAGUGUAUCGUGCCAUGGACACCUUAGCGUGUCUGUUUAGUUAAUCAUCUAGAUAGAACCUCGCUAACCAACCAUUGUUGUUGUCACAUACGUGUACAUUCCACAGAGACAAUUUUCGCGUCGCUGCAUGAAUGCUGCAUGCGUUCAGCGCGUCUAUCAAUUUGCGGACACUGCUGUCGAAGCCGACUUUAUCUCUCUCGUUGUGAUAAAGAUGAUUUUUUUUCAAUAAAAUGUACCUUACCUGACUUAUCUCUGGCAAA